GGAUUCGCUGCAGAGAGAGAGAGUGGGAGAGUCGUCCGCUCGCCGAUAGCCGGGAGAAGCAGUUCUCAGCACCACAUCGCAUCAUCUCGAUAAGCCGGAAAAAAAAAGAAACAAGCUAUAAGAAAAUGGCCAGCACCAAGGAACAACUCAUCCAUCAUGUGCACACAGAUGAGGCUGCUGGUUCCCGCAGCAAAGUCACAAUAGUAGGAGUAGGUGCAGUCGGCAUGGCCUGCGCUAUCAGCAUCCUUUCAAAGGAACUCGUUGAUGAACUCGCCUUGGUAGAUGUGAUUGAGGACAAGCUGAAGGGAGAGAUGAUGGACUUGCAGCAUGGAAGCCUGUUCCUGCGCACCCCUAAGAUUGUGGCAGACAAAGACUACAGUGUAACAGCCAACUCAAAACUGGUGGUCGUCACAGCAGGGGCUCGCCAACAGGAGGGGGAGAGUCGCCUGAACCUGGUGCAGCGCAAUGUGAACAUCUUCAAAUUCAUCAUCCCCAACAUUGUCAAAUACAGCCCUGACUGCAUCCUCCUUGUGGUUUCCAAUCCAGUUGACAUCCUGACCUAUGUGGCCUGGAAACUGAGUGGCUUCCCCCGGCACCGGGUGAUUGGCAGCGGUUGCAACCUGGACUCUGCCCGCUUCCGUUACCUGAUGGGAGAACGUCUCAACCUUCAUGCAUCCAGCUGCCAUGGCUGGGUUGUUGGGGAGCACGGUGACUCCAGUGUUCCUGUGUGGAGCGGAGUAAACGUGGCUGGCGUGUCUCUGAAGUCCCUGAAUCCUGACAUGGGGACGGAGAAGGACAAGGAGAACUGGAAGGAAGUGCACAAGCAGGUGGUGGACAGCGCCUACGAAGUCAUCAAGCUGAAGGGCUACACCUCCUGGGCCAUUGGAAUGUCCGUGGCUGACUUGGCACAGACCAUACUCAAGAAUCUUAGGAAGGUGCACCCCGUCUCCACAAUGGUUAAGGGAAUGCACCACAUUUCCGAUGAAGUCUUCCUGAGCGUCCCCUGUGUUCUGAGCAACAGCGGCAUCUCUGACGUGGUGAACAUGACGCUCAAGGCAGAAGAGGAGGAUCAGCUGAAGAAGAGCGCCAGUACCCUCUGGGCCAUACAGAAGGAACUGCAGUUUUAAGUAAAGCGUGUACACAAUCCCACCCCAAGCCCCAAAGCCUGACGGCCUACUCACGCCUACUAGCUGGUCACAAAAAGAGGCAGCCAUGUUACUGACUGCUUAUGUGUUUGUCCCAAUUUGGUCAAAAAGCUGUGUAUUUGCUUAGGUCAGAGUGUCCGUGUGUGUCUGUAAUGUCUUCCUAGCACUCCUUUAGAGAAUAUAUCUAUAUUUUACAUUAUAUUUAAAAAACAUUAGCUUAUAUUGUCAGCUGAAUGAAAAUUUAAAUUGAAACAAAAACCAGUAAAAACAUUUUUCUUAAGCAGGGUUUGUCUUCUCCAUCUCUGUCUAAAAGCCCUUGCAGUCAUUUUUGUUUGCCUAAAUAGCACUGCUCAGCCCCACAGUGGUUCGGUCACAUGGCAGUGACGCUAGGGUUGUUCGUCCUGUUUGCGGAGUCAUCAGGUGGUUUCUUUUCAAAUGACGAGGUAGAAUUUUUAUUUUUUCAGAUUCUGAUCCUGAAAAACGGGUACGGGCGAGGAGUAACACUUGCCGGUUUGGAUGGGACAAACUGCCAGCUAACCGGAACCCUGGUGCAAUGGAAGGUGUGCACGUUGUGAAGCAAACAGCAAAACCUCGACCAAACAAAUUUCAAAACUAAGUGGAAGAAAUUUGAAUUUACCAACGUAUUUAAGAAUGAGGCCUCGACUUGAGUGCGAUUUCUACUCUGGCGGUGGUCUCGAUGGAGUUUGCAUAAUCUCGUCGUUUGCUUGGCUUUCUCCUAUUUAAUUUUUUUCCCUGCAACUCUAAAUUUUUAGUGAAAAUAGAUGGCGAAAUAUUCCGAGCGUAACUUAUCCGCCCACGAACACUAAACCUCUGCUGAACGAGCGGGUGCCACUAUAAAUCGUUAAACAUCUCGGAGCAAGAAUUGUCACACCUCGUAAGAACAAAAGAAAUUUUAAUGGAGAAGACCAACCACUCAAUCGAUGAAACUCAUUUGGAAUUUGAUCAUUUGAUCACGUUGUAUUUGCUAGAGUACCGAAAACUAUAAUAAGGACUCAUAGGCGAUAACUCAGCUCCAGGUGUUAAAACCAAAGAAUCGUUCCUCCAACUCGUCAUUCUUUUCAAAACUACCCUUGUUCACUUUAAACUACAUCUUUACUCCUUUCUCCUUUAUCUGUUUUUAAUGCCUUUUUUCACAAUCCUAGAUAUCCACAUUUUCCCUAAGUUACGCAGCAUUUCACUCACACUUAGCCAAAGCCAUGUGGAGCAUUGCACAAAAUGGCACCCGUGACGUCCUGCGCGUUCAGGGUUAAGGGGUAGAUGACCCCAACAGUCCUCGACAUAAGAAUGUAAACUAACCAAUUAAAACAAACGGUACCAAAUGUCUGGUUUUAUACAACCGCAGUAACAUUUUUGAAAACAAAGCCACCUAAAUGGUCAAACUUUUUCCGUUCAAUAACACCUUGAAGUUUACGAGCUUUGUGGAAAUUUCUUCAUUUUAAUCUCCGUGCGAUAACUUGACUCCCUUGUAACAGAGUUUGGGCGAAUCGAUUAGGAGCGUUUUGAUAAACCUUGUGGUUUUUGAUUUUUUAAUAAAAUGACCCCACGAAUGUGGACGGUGACUAUGGCUAUGAUGUACACGGUGAAGCGAUGAAGUUCGCUUAUCAUGGUCUGCAAUGAUCCUCAAAAAAGUCAACCUUGUGCGACACCCAGAAUGUGAAAACAUCAAUCACAAGUAAAAAGAAGCGGUACAAGAUGUACUCAAGCCCCACUACAGCCUGGAAAACUUAUUUCAUACGUGAAACGUUUGUUUACUGCUUGAAAAUACGGUGAACUGAAAUUUGUGUUCAAUUUAUAAUAUUCGCGUCACGACUGUGAAUGUUAAUUGCGAUUAAAUUUUCACGGUGUUGCUAAACGACUUUACACUAAAGACGUGCAGAUUUUGUCUUUACAUUUACAAGAUGCUCGACACGAAAUUGCUGACUUCCACUGUACCAGGGUUAACAGCACAUAAAACCGAUUCCAAACCGAAUGCCGUAUUACUUUUCUUCUCCGCAGAUAUUUUUUCCAAGACAAGAAAGUGAUGAUAAAAUUCUAAAAUCUGGAACGACUUCAUUGAUGUGAUGGAAUCCCGAUUGCCGUCACGGUAUGCUGUAUGUGUUUAGCAGCUCUGCUUCCAUGUGCUGUGUGCCAUAUUGCGACGUCAGUGUUCACGAUGUCAUGCAAAAGUAGGCUGCUCUGUCCGCUCACGAUGUUAUGAAUGAUGAUGUUUGCAGUGUCACUGGAGCGGAUUACUUUUAUCGGGAGAGUGAAUAUUUUUCAGACUGAAAAUAGUGGGAAAUGGACAAAAGCAGCUGAAAGUCUGUCCCCCACUGAUGACGGGACAUCAAUGAUAUGUAUUUUCCUGUAUUGCCCUUUUAACACUAGAAUUAC